CCGAGCAGACAAAGAAACGACGCUCAAGAUGGCGGCAUAGCAACGGAAAUUUACCGCAUCGGCGUGAAAGUGCCUAUUUUUUGGCCGGAAAAACCGGCAAUAUGGUUCGCGCAAAUGGAGUCGCAAUUUGGUGUGGCGAAUAUUACUGCGGACGCUACUAAAUACAAUUACGUCGUGUCACAACUCGAUUCGCAAUAUGUUGCCGAGGUUGAGGACAUUAUUCUUGCGCCGCCGCCUACUGACAAAUACAAAAAAAUAAAAGAGGAACUUAUCAAAAGACUCUCUGUAUCCAGGCAGAAGAAGGUGAAGCAGUUGCUUAGCCAAGAAGAGUUAGGUGAUAGGAAGCCGUCCCAGUUUCUUCGCCACCUACGUCAUCUGGCUGGGCCGAACAUACCUGAUGAAUUCCUUUUAUCAAUAUGGACAUCUCGCCUGCCAAGUAACUUACAGUUUGUGAUUGCAGCGAAGCUCAAUGACCCAAUUGAAGAGCUUGCCGACUUGGCUGACCGCGUCCAUGACGUAUCUACCCCUCAAGUAGCCGCAGCGUCAGCGGCUGACCCACAGAUGGCAGUCCUCAUGCGUCAAGUGAGUGAGUUGGCCGAGGGCAUGAAGGCGCUGAAAAGUCAGUUCGGCAAUGAUAGGCAGUCGCGGUCAAGAUCUCGUGCGCCCAACAAGUCGCGUAACCGCUCCAGCUCACGCAGGUCGCAGUCCAGUUAUAGAAAGUUUCCUGAGUGCUGGUACCACGCGAAGUUCGGAGAGAAAGCGACAAGGUGUAUGAAACCGUGCGACUUCCAGGCGGGAAACGAGAGGGGCACUCGUUAGUGGCGACCGCCGUUUGCCCGAGUCCUGGUCGCUUAUUUGUUACUGACCAAUCGUCAAAGAUACAGUUUCUCGUUGAUACUGGCAGCGACGUCUGUGUCUUCCCAAGGUCACAACUGAAAUAUCGGCGACAACCAACCAGUUACCAGUUAGCUGCGGCGAAUGGCUCACCUAUAAUCACCUACGGCUACCUACACUUAGUGCUGAACCUAGGCUUGCGCCGCGACUUCGCUUGGCAAUUUAUUGUUGCGGACGUGACGAAGCCAAUAAUCGGCGUGGAUUUCCUGGCACAUUUCGACCUUCUUCCAGACUGCAAAAACAAACGGCUCAUCGACAGGACGACUAGCUUGUGCGCCGUGGCUUUGCCUGGAUGUUCUACGGAUGAAAUUUCUUCGGUCAAAGUAGUGUCGGGUUUUCUCCACCAUCGACCUUGAGAAGGCGUACCACCAGAUCCCUGUGAACCCCGAGGACAUCCAGAAGACCUCGAUCACCACGCCGUUCGGGCUCUUCGAGUUCCCGUAUAUGACGUUUGGCCUACGGAACGCUGGCCAG